CCUGUCCUGUAACAGAAAUAUCAGUGUGUGGCUUCGAGACUAGGUAAUAAAAGACCCUGUGGCCUCUGCUUCCUCUUGCUUUGGGGAGCCAGCUGCCAUGUCAGGAGGGCAGCCCUGAUUCACCCCUGGGGAGAGGGCCGCCUAGUGAGAAACUGAGGCCUCCUUGCAACUUUUGUUACUUCCUCAUCCACCUAGUCUUGAUGCCCUUAGAAUGUAAGAAGGAAAAUUACCUUCAGGAAGCUUUUUUUUUUAAAUCCCAGCAUGAUCUGGGGUCCCAUGACCUCUUGGCCUCAUGCCCUUCCUCUCUGCUAUUCCUGGACAGGCCAAGCACGCUCCUGCCUGGAGCUUUUGCACUGGCUGACCCCACUGACUGGGUGCUCUUCCCCGAAUGGCUGCAAGAUUCACUUUCUUGCAUCUGUCAGGUCUCCACUCAAACAUCAACAUAUGAGCGAGGCCUUCCCUGACCACCUUCUAUAAAAUCCACACACAACCCUGUCUCCUUAGUUGUUUGUUUCCCCUUGUAUUUGCCACCAUUUGACUUACUACAGGUUUGUUUGCAUCUAUAAGGUCAGGGACCUCAUUUUUGCUAAGCCUUAGGCCUAUCAUAGUGCUGGCACCCAGUGGGGACUCAAGAAAUGUGUACUGAAUGAACAAUGGCUGUGGCCAUGUGGGCUGCGGUACUAGGAGUGACAAUGGAUCUAGGAGAGGGGUGUGGUUGUGUAGGGAGAAGGUUCUCUAGAGAAAAUGGGGUGCGUGCUGCAGAGACAGGGCUGCUGUGAGAAUGGCUGGCACCUGGGCCCCACCCAGUCCCCAGCAAGUGUGUCCUGACAGUGUGGUACCUUCCACACACAUCACUCCUGUUCCUUACAACCUCUGCGAGAAGCAGAUUAUCCCCAUUUUACAGCUGAGGAAGCUUAAGCCACAGUGAGGCGAGGUAGGUAGGAUAUAAAGGUCACAGUGGGAUUUAGCGAAGGGUCAAGGCUACGCAACUUCAAACUCCAUCCAUCUCUGCCGAUUUCAUCCCCAGCCUACAGAGCUCACUAAACACCAGGGGGCUCACACCCUGGCCCUGCUUUUGUCCCCCACUUCCCAGAAACCCCCACCUGAGUGAACGUGAGAGAAGGCAGCCCCAACCUCUCCUUCCUGCUCCGCUGGCUCCGGGCAGCUCUGUAGGGUGUGUAGUCCUAGCCGCCAGGAAGGGUUAACAAGGAGUGUUUGUAGCAGCGCUGUCUCCAAGGAGCAGAGGAAAGCAGAGUGGAGAGGAGUAGACAGCUACAGCCACGCCAGGAUCCUCAGGCUGGUGGGGGUGGGAGGCUGCUGGCUUGACUGGUCAGCCCUUGGGGGGCAGAGGAAGGUCCUCACCCCCAUCUGUCCUGGGAGGUGGCAGGCUGAGCAGACCAGCCAGCUGGAGAGUGAGGUUGCCAUAGGAAAGUUCUGGAGAGUGAGGUUGCAAGUAGGAAAGUUCUGGCCUGGCCUGAAUAAUGUGGGGGUUGGGUGCUGGGCCUGGCCCAGUGAAAGCAGCUGGAGCAGGCUGCAAGUAGCAGAACCAGAAGUCCUGGGCUCUCGGAUGGUAGACUUGGGGGAUCCCCGAAUCAGGGAGAAGCAGCCAAGACCAAGCAAGUGACAGGAGUGCCCACCUCCUCCCCCACUGAGGGCUGAGCCAUGUCCCAGCCCAGGGGCCACGGGAGGAGGAGGCCUGGGCCCCUAGGACCCCCAGUGCGCAGCAUCCGGCCCUUUAAGUCCAGUGAGCAGUACCUGGAAGCCAUGAAGGAGGACCUGGCCGAGUGGCUGCGGGAUCUCUACGGGCUGGACAUCAAUGCAGCCAACUUUCUGCAGGUGCUGGAGACGGGCCUGGUCCUGUGCCAGCACGCCAAUGCCAUCACCGAGGCCGCCCUUGCCUUCCUGGCGGAGGCGCCUAUCCAAGCCCAAAGGAUUCUCAUGCCCCGGGCUGGGGUUCCCUGCAAUGGGACCGCCCAGCCAGGCACCUUCCAGGCCCGGGACAAUGUCUCCAACUUCAUCCAGUGGUGUCGCAAGGAGAUGGGCAUCCAAGAGGUGCUGAUGUUCGAGACCGAGGACUUGGUGCUGCGCAAGAACGUGAAGAACGUGGUGCUGUGUUUGCUGGAGCUGGGCCGCCGGGCCUGGCGCUUCGGCGUGAAGGCGCCCACCCUGGUGCACCUGGAGGAGGAGAUCGACGAGGAGCUGCGGCGCGAGCUGGCGCUGCCGGCGCCCGACCCGCCACCGCCCGCGCCUCCGGCGCGCCGGGCCUGCCACUUCCGCAACCUGGACCAGACGGUUCAGAGCCUCAUGAGUCACUGCACAUGCCCGGUUCAGUUCUCCAUGGUCAAGGUUGCUGAGGGCAAGUACCGCGUUGGGAACUCCAACAGCCUCAUCUUCAUCCGGAUGCUCCGGAAUCACGUGAUGGUGCGUGUCGGGGGCGGCUGGGACACUCUUGGCCAUUAUUUGGAUAAACACGACCCUUGCCGCUGCACGUCCCUCUCACACAAGACGGGCAGCUUCCUGAAGCCCCCCGCCCCACCGGUGCAGCAUGAAGUACGGGUGCAGGACGGGCCCUCGCAGCCCCAGCCUACAAUGACCAUCAGCCGGGCCCAAAGCCCGCUGCCCCCUGUGGACUGGAAGACAUAUACCUCUUCAGGCCGAAAGCUGAGGCCCCCUACACCCUCCUCCCCAAGACCCUCCAGAGAAUGGGGAGCAGGGGCAGGGGGCCCCCAAAAGACAGCACCAUUCCUGAGGUGCCAGGAGAAAUCUUUCAUUCCGUCUCGGAGGCAGCUGUCAGCUGGGGGUAGCCCGUCCAGCCCUCAGUCCUCUCCCACCCAUAGGGCCCAAGAGCCAUGGUGUACUUCCUUGAGGGAGAGAGAGGACAGACAUUCUCCUGACCUUGCCCUAGGCAGGCGUUCCAUAUCUGCAGUUCAAGAGAAGACAGAAAGUUGGGGAACCCAUGCCAGGACCCUCAUCCCUCAGAGACUCAUUGCCAAAGGGACACUAGCAAGAGGACCGUCUCCACUGCCUCGUCCCUGCAGCCCAGUCAAACCUGUGAACCUCAGGCCACCCCCCUGGGGUGAGGCCCAGAGUGCCUCCGCCCAGCUCAGUGAGCCGACAUCUGUCCGGGCUCCAUCUCCAGUUAAAGGACCCACCAAGAUUCCUGUCCGGCCACCACUAUCCCGCCCCCCAACUCCAGGAAGAAACUUUGAAGGGACUGGGAAUGGGGGUCCUAAGACAGAAUCAGGGAGUGGUCCCACCCCAUUAAAGACCACCUCUGGGGACAUGUCUGAGUUCAGACAUGGGAUCUGCAUUGUACGGGGAGGGCAAGGGGAGCAGAAGCCAGACAGCCGAGUGACAGGAGAGUCUGAGCAGUCCCAGGGUCUGGGCGCUCAGGAGCAGGAGGGGAAAUGCCCUCCCUUGUCCCUGGGCAGGACCAAGGAGCAAGCCAUCUACCACAGCCUCGAGGAGGAGCUCUUGGCCAACAUGAAGCUGCUACAGGUGGGGGGUACCCGCCCCCAGAGCACAGGGACUGGGGUCAUCCCUCGAAGUGGAGUUUAUGUGCCCAGUCUGGGUGGGCGGUGGCCUGAGCCAGGGGGUCCUUAUGACAAAGUCAUCCAAGAAUUGGCUCGGGGCCCCCCACCCCUCCUUAAAGUGGACAUAGGAGCCUGGAAGGCUGCCCCUACAAGCUCCCCCAAGCUGGCUGUUACUACAGGCCUGGGUAGCCCGCAAGGGAAGCCAGGAAGCAGUGAGAGUGAGCCAAGCAGGAAGGUGCGCCUGGAUGCCAAGGGAUCCAGCAAGAGGACACCACCCCCAGGAGGGCAGAACUGCUCAGCCCCUCCUGUGUCUGCUGACCCAGAUAACCCCACACCUCCACCCUCAGACCCCAGUUCCAGCAAAGCCAAGGCAUGUCCAAGCAAGGGCAAGAGAACACUCCGGAGGCCACAGAGAGUUCCCUCCAUCUAUAAGUUGAAGUUGAGACCCAGGAUUCGGCCCAGGAGAGACCACAGGCCUGAGAAGCGGCCUUCGCGGAUCCCCAAGCCGCUGGCCUACCUCCACCUGGGUUCAGCCAAGGUGCCCCCCAGGCGCAGGCUCGUGAGAGCAGUGCUGGGUGGCAAGGGAGGGCAGGCAGCGGCGAUGGACGGAGCCUCACCAGCGCAGGACGGAAGAAAAGAGAGGAAAGAGCCAGCCACCUCACUGGAGAGCACCCCUGGGCCUUCGGAGGGCCUGGGGCCUCAGCAGCUUGACCAAGCCCCCCUCCCUCCAGAGGAGGAAUCCUGGGUCUGAGGAAGGCUCUUCGCCACCAGGCUGUGACUGUUGGGGUGGCAGAAAAAUUUGCCUAUGUAGCUACUGGACUCCCAGCUGCAGGAGCAGGAGGGAUGACCCCUCCCUCAACGCAGAGCCUUGGUCAGGAGGGGGUCAAAGGCAAACAUGGACUCAGUCU